AUGCGUAUAGAGAAGUGCUACUUCUGCUCCGGGCCCAUCUACCCGGGCCACGGCAUGAUGUUCGUCCGCAACGACUGCAAGGUGUUCAGGUUUUGUAAAUCCAAGUGUCAUAAAAACUUUAAAAAGAAGCGCAAUCCUCGCAAGGUCAGGUGGACUAAAGCUUUCCGUAAAGCAGCUGGUAAAGAGCUCACAGUGGAUAAUUCAUUUGAAUUUGAAAAACGCAGAAAUGAACCUGUCAAAUACCAGCGAGAGCUGUGGAAUAAAACAAUUGAUGCAAUGAAGAGAGUUGAAGAGAUCAAACAGAAACGUCAAGCUAAAUUUAUAAUGAACAGGUUGAAGAAAAAUAAAGAACUACAGAAAGUUCAGGACAUCAAAGAAGUCAAGCAAAACAUCCAUCUUAUACGGGCACCUAUUGCAUGCAAAGGAAAGCAGUUGGAAGACAAAAUGGUACAGAAACUACAAGAGGAUGUGGACAUGGAAGUUGUUUCGGACAAUCCUGUUUAA